CUCGCGGCCACCUACCCGAAAGGCAGGGUUGGACAAUGACUUGAUUUUCAGGCGAGAAAGGUGCACAAUUCUUCUAAAACGUCGUCACUAGCCAAGCAAAUCGGAUGUGGACCAAGAACAACGACACGACAUUUCCACUCGGCAUGAAUACAGAUCCUCAUCUGGAAGACAUGGAAAUUGACAAAAACGACAAAUCGAAACCUAACGGACGUCUGUUAGACAUUCCCUGUAAAGUGUGCGGUGAUCGAUCUUCGGGAAAGCACUACGGAAUUUACGCAUGCGACGGAUGCAGUGGAUUUUUCAAGAGAAGCAUUCGACGGAACCGUUCCUAUACUUGCAGAGCAACAAACGGCAAGGGGAACUGCCCCGUGGACAAAAUCCAUAGAAACCAGUGUCGUUCCUGCCGUUUGAAAAAGUGCUUCGAAGUCACCAUGAACAAAGAUGCUGUUCAGCACGAGCGUGGGCCCCGAAGCUCCACCCUCCGGAAGCAAAAGAUGCUAAAAGAGGCCCAGGACAGAAUGGAUGUCGCUACCACUACAGCGCAUGUGCAGCCCAAUACAAGCAGCUUCAUCAAUACUCUCUUAGCGGCGGAGACUUGCAUGGAAGGCUGUCAAGUGCCGGUCAGUGAUUUCGACCUUGGCUUGGAAUUCAAACCAAUCAGAUUUCAGUCGGAUUUUUCGGUGUCUUUGUACUAUUCCAAUCCCGAAGCUGUAUGUGAGGCUGCUGCUAAGCUGCUGUUCAUGUCUGUAAAGUGGGCCAGAAAUAUUCCUUCGUUCAUGAGUUUACCUUUUAGAGAUCAGGUUAUUCUGCUUGAGGAGGGUUGGCGCGAAUUGUUUUUGCUUGGUGCAAGUCAGUGGUCCAUGCCUCUGGAAAUUGCACCAAUUUUGUCUGCGGCGGGAAUGCACGUGGACAACACGCCUCCCGAGACUAUUGUGGAUGUCAUGGCAACAGUGCGCCUAAUCCAAGAAACAGUCAACAAGUUCAAGGCUGCAAAUGUUGAUUCUACCGAAUACGCAUGUCUGAAGGCUAUAGUGCUAUUUAAGCCAACUGCGUGUGGGCUCAAGGACCCUGAACAAGUGGAGUCCACACAAGACCAGGCGCAACUCAUGCUUGGCGAAUAUGUUCGUGCCCAGUGCCCUACUCAACUGGCCCGGUUUGGUCGUCUUCUCCUUCUCCUGCCAACCUUAAGACGAAUCAGUGCAAAAGAAAUCGAGGAGCUAUUCUUUAAAAAGACGAUUGGAACUGUUCCUAUAGAAAGAUUGUUGAGUGAUAUGUUUAAAAACGAGUAAAGCAUGAUCGAGCUAGUCAGUGAGUUUCAAAUUUUAUAUCGAGUUCAAUUGACUAUCUUGAAAUUCAUUACAGAUUAUCGUCUUUUCCUUUUUUGUGCAUGUUCGCGAUAUUAAGGUGUUGCGUUGAAGAGUUCCUCAGAGACUGAUGGACAGGAAAAUUGAGAAGCUUAAUUUAAUGUAUAAAUCUUUGGCCCAAAAUUGGUGUAUUGUGUGUAUUUGGUUUUGCUACAAACGAAACAAAUCUCCACAAACAGAGCACUUUUCCAUUGAUUGUCAAAAAGCCCAAAUUUCUGCACUCAAUUGAAAACUGCUCCAUAUGUAAGGUGUGUUUUGAUUCAUUCUUAACAGUGGACUGUUUUAAUUUAGCACCCUCGAUGGUGGGAGGUAUCAUUUAUAGCCUUUUUUCUACUUAAAUUGCGAAGGAAUUCAUUUUUACACUCGAGUUACUCAACUGGGUUUCUCUCCUUUUUUUUCCUCGGUCAGCGUCUAUCUCCUAAUGGGCGCGAGCUUUUUAAUCAAACGUAUCUAACAAAGUAACUUUCUCGUAAUCAGAAACGCCACUAAAAUUAAUGGCGGCAAAUGUUAAUGAAACCAGUGCCACUUGUGUUUAUAAUGAUAGUUUAGACUCAAAUAUUUGCACGUGAUGUUUACGCUGAUUCCAUGUAGCAUUAUCAAUUAAGCCUCGAACAGGCCAAAGUGUGAUCAAGUUGAAUUCGCCAUUCUCUUCCAUACUUUGACUUUUCACUACAGGGAGAAGUCUGGCUUUAGCCAAUCGCAUUUGCGCAGUCCUGCAAAGCGUGGGAAAACAGGGUUGCAUGCUGAUUGAUUGAAAUUUGCACGAAUCAUGCCAGCUAUGAGUGUCAGCUCAGAAAUUUAUGGCUGAAAAGUCAACAAUUUGUUUCUUUUGAUAAAGCAUGAUACUAUUUACUUACUAACCUAUUGUUGGUGUUUCCUUCUUCCUCUUACAUUCGCACGCAUGAUUCAAUGACGGCACUUUGUCCUAGCUGAACUAUCGGAUGUUUGUUUUCUAUUAUAAUCAAGAUGUAUUUAAAAAGUGAAACGAAGAUUUAUUUAAAAAAGCAUUGCAAAUAAUAAGAAUAUUUAAGCAAAAGAGAGCUAGUUUUGCUGCAAAAAGAAAUUUUCGUAUCUGUGUGAAGCUGUGGUGACGAAAAGGAAAUGUUUACGGACUUUGAGAACGUAUGUAGACUUAAAAGUACUGUGGGGGGCAAAUCAAAAUUCAGAAAAGUGUACAUAUACGACUUAAAAAUUAACACUUUCGCGUUUGGCUUUAUAACAACUGUAGAUGAGAAGGUUAGCAGCCAUCUUUACUGACAACAGUUUUCAUUACAUAAAAUCCUUUUUUAGUUGAUAUUAAUCUGGCAAGAAUCAACUCUGCGGACAUGACUUUUUAAUGCGUAAUGAAAGGCUUCAGCAGACUUGAGUUAGCUUCAGGACUUAAUAUAUACCCUGAGAAGGAACUUUUCUCUUGUUGUGUUUUAAGGAAUUAAAAAAAAAUUAUACAUUCUCAAGGAAAAUUGCAUGAUAAUUCAUGUUAACUUAAAUACAUUUGAGUAUUUAUACGAGUAUUAAACGUUGCUGUUCAUAGAUGCAUUCUGCAGUUGAAUCCUAGACAGUUCGUGGGAAAAAGUUCUUGAUCGACUUUUCUUUUUCAACUGAAGGGAAUAUAAUUUCCAUGUUGCUUGUCACUGCAUCAGAAUUUGUAGCUUAUGAUGAUAUUACCGCUAAAAUCUCAGUGCAAUAUCUCAUAAUGAAAUAUGAAACAAGACACUCUCUCUGGCCGAAGAUCUACAGCUGAGAUUAUUCUUCUCAUUGUCAUCCUGCGAAAUCAGUUUUUGUUUCUGUCAUAUCGAUAAAGUACCUCUGCUUGUGCUUUUUCGGGACUUAGCAACACCAAGUUAGGUGUUGCAAAUAUCUCCAACCAAACGCAUUGCCAAAUGAAACAGAAAUGUUUAUCUGGACGGGGGAAAUUGUUGUGACUCCUUUGGUUCCUUAUGAGUUCCUGCAUUGUACUUCUUGCUGUAUCAGUGUGUAACAGCUUUACUGAUACAGCUUCUUUUUUUUUUUUUUUUUUUAAAUAAAACCUGAGAGGGCUAGACCUUUUCUUUAACUAACUAUACAGCAAUAAUUUGCGCCUCUUGUAAAUAUGCUACUAAUAUUUAACAGGAGUUUAAGACGACAAUUACUAUGAUUCAUAAUAUUGUUGCUCGUUCGCAUUUGAAUCGCUGGUAUCGAAAAACGGGGCAAAUCUACUGCGCAGUAUUCAGACGCGCUAUCUUGUAAGUGUGUGAAAUUAUACUUCGGUAAUACAAAAUCUUUGAACUGCCA